AUGUCGGACUUAACUGAGUGCAUACGUGACAAGCUAAACCAACUCCGUCGAGAGAAGCAAAAACGUUACGAGCAAAUAUGCCAACAGCUAGACCAGGAAAUUCACCAAAAAACUGCUCAUUCUCGUGAAUUGUUUCUCAAAUUCGAACAGGCAGUUUCCCACUAUCAAAAAGAGUCUGAAGCACCAUUUGAUUUUGAUUAUGAUGAUUCGCAAAAAGAUGACGUGAGCGAGGAGGAGGAGGAGGAAGUAGAAACCGACGAUGAGAAUCAUGGAAGAAAUGGUUAUGGGGAAGGAGGAGCAUAUAGGAGGAGAAGGGAUGAAGGAGGGGAUGAAAGCGGAGGACUAGAGAGCAUAGUUAGUAUUGGAAAUCUAGUUAAUAGGGAAACUCCUAUGGCGAUGGAAGCUGAGGAGGAUAUGGAUGGAGGAAAGAGAUGCGAAAGGACCGGAGAGAGAAUGGCUGACCGAAUGAACGAUAGGAUGAACGAUCGUAUGAGACAUAACGAUCGCAUGGCUGAAAGAGCGAAUGAAAGAUCAAGGGCAAGCGAUAGACUGGCCGGACAACAAAUCCCCUCCUUGGCCGACAGAACUACCGAUAGAUUGGGCAAUAACAACAGGAAACCCGAAGCAAAGUCUUCUCGAGAGAGUAGAAUCCGUACCGCACAUGAUAAAUGUAUGGAAUUGAAGAGUCAGAGCGAACUUGUAGAAGAGUCUUUGCGUAAAGGGAGGGCUAGGCUACUGUUUGCACGUGAAGACUAUCAACGCUCGCUCCAUGCCUUUGACGAUUUGGAAAACGAAUUGACUUCAAUCUCUCAAACGUUUGAAGAGACGCAAAAGCGUGCAUUGGAACAGUUCUUUGCUGGUCUCCAUGACAAGGAUGCGCAAGUGAGAGGGCAAAAGAGGAUCAAGAAUGCGGCGUUGCUAACGACUGUGGUUGCUUUGGCUCCGUGGGUUGGUGCAGUGGCUUUAGGAUUAUGGGAGAAGUUUUUGAUAUUGCAAGGACAAUGCUAUUCGAGUUGCUUGUGA